UAGGCUGCGCUUGCGCACGGCCUCGCCCGCGCCCUACGCCUGCGCGUUUCGUCAGCUCGGCCCCUUCCCCCACGUUUUUCGGGUGGGGGAGGGGGCACAUCUCGGCGAGUCACGAUGAUGGCGGCUACCAUCCUGUGGUGAGCUAGCGGAUUCUUUCCUUGCCUCGCAACGUCCCUCGCUCCUCCUGCAGAUUCAGUGGCCGGCACCCGGCGCGAGAAGCAGCACGGCGGCCCGAGCUCUCGGGGAAGGCCGCAGUCGCGGAGAAAGCGGCGCGGCCCGGGGCCCAGGCUGGCGGACAGGCCGCACCGCUGGGCGAAUGUGACAAGCCCCCACCCCCACCGCCAUCCUCCCCAGAGCGCGAGGAACGCGGGCGACCCCGGGCCCCGCCAGGCCACAGACCCCGCCCAGCGGCCACCACCCGGCGCAGGCCCGGCAGCGGAGCUGCGCGGCGGCACCAUGCAGGUCACGCUGAAGACCCUCCAGCAGCAGACCUUCAAGAUAGACAUCGACCCAGAGGAGACGGUGAAAGCACUGAAAGAGAAGAUUGAAUCUGAAAAGGGGAAAGAUGCCUUUCCAGUAGCAGGUCAAAAAUUAAUUUAUGCAGGCAAAAUCCUCAAUGAUGAUACUGCACUAAAAGAAUAUAAAAUUGAUGAGAAAAACUUUGUGGUGGUUAUGGUGACAAAACCCAAAGCAGUAUCAACACCAGCACCAGCUGCAGCUGCAGCUCAGCAAUCAAAUCCUGUCACCACCACACCAGUUACUUCCUCCACAGCAACAACUGUGGCUCAGGCCCCAACCCCUGCCCCGGCUCCUGCUUCUACGCCUGUAUCUGUUACUCCAGCAUCAACAACAACAUCUCCCGAACCUGCACCUGCUAGUGCAACUAAACAAGAGAAACCUGCAGAAAAGCCAGCAGAGACGCCAGUGGCUACCAGCCCAACACCAACUGAUAGUACAUCAGGAGAUUCCUCUCGGUCGAACCUUUUUGAAGAUGCAACAAGUGCACUUGUGACAGGUCAGUCUUACGAGAAUAUGGUAACUGAGAUUAUGUCAAUGGGAUAUGAACGAGAGCAAGUAAUUGCAGCCCUGAGAGCCAGUUUCAACAACCCUGACAGAGCAGUGGAAUAUCUUUUAAUGGGAAUCCCUGGAGAUAGAGAAAGUCAGGCUGUGGUUGACCCCCCUCAGGCGGCUGGCACUGGGACUCCUCAGUCUUCAGCAGUGGCGGCGGCGGCAGCAACUACCACAGCAACAACAACAACAACAACAAGUUCUGGAGGACAUCCCCUUGAAUUUUUGCGGAAUCAGCCUCAGUUUCAACAGAUGAGACAAAUUAUUCAACAAAAUCCUUCCCUGCUUCCAGCAUUGCUACAACAGAUAGGCAGAGAGAAUCCUCAGUUACUGCAGCAAAUUAGCCAACACCAGGAGCAUUUUAUUCAGAUGUUAAAUGAACCAGUUCAAGAAGCUGGUGGUCAGGGAGGAGGAGGAGGAGGAGGAGGAGGUGGCAGUGGAGGAAUUGCAGAAGCUGGAAGCGGUCAUAUGAACUACAUUCAAGUUACGCCUCAGGAGAAAGAAGCUAUAGAAAGGUUAAAGGCAUUAGGAUUUCCUGAAGGACUUGUGAUACAAGCAUAUUUUGCUUGUGAGAAGAAUGAGAAUUUGGCUGCCAAUUUUCUUCUACAGCAGAACUUUGAUGAAGAUUGAAAGGGACUUUUUUCUAUCUCACACAUCACACCAGUGCAUUACACUAACUUUGUUCACUGGAUUGUCUGGGAUGACUUGGGCUCAUAUCCACAAUACUUGGUAUAAGGUAGUAGAAUGUCAGGGGUGGGGAGGGAGGGAUCUAGGAUAUAGGGCAGGGAUAACUACAGUGCAUGUCUGCUGCAAUUAGCAGAUGCCGCAACUCCACACAGUGUGUAAAAUACUAUACAACCAAAAAUCAGCUUUUGCAGGUCUUUAUUUCUUCUGUAAAACAGUAGGUAACUUUUCCUAAGUUUCACUCUUUUUAGUGUACUAGAUCCAGAAACUUAGUGUAAUGCCCUGCUUUAUAUUUCUUUGACUUAAUAUUGGUUUCAGAAAGAAUCUUUGCUACCUAGAAUUUGCAGUCUCUGUUUCAUGGCAACACUGGAUAAUGGCUUUGUGAAAUUUUAAAAAAUUUUAUAGCAUCUGUAAACAGAAAUGCCAAAUUAUUGAUGGUUACUUGUUGCUGCUUCACCAAUUAUAAAAUUAAUGUUAAGAAAGCCCAUUCUUUCAUGUUAAAUACUUGGGGUGGGAGGGGAGAAAGGGAACCUUUUCUUAAGAUGAAAAUAAUUACUGCUAUUUUAAAAUUUCUUGAUCACUGAGGAUGACCCUUCUAACAUGAUUUGAAAAGCUAUACCAGAAUAGGCAGAGCUAUUUUCCUGUUUACAUUUUUUUGUUUGGGGGGGAGGCAAAAUUGGUAGGUGUGUCUAAUUACUGUUUACUUCAUUGUUAUAUUGCAGUAAAAGUUUUAAACUAACCAUUGCAUGUUUGCUUUCGAUGUGUCCCUUUGUACAACUAGCACUUUGGGGCCAAUGGAGAAACGCAGCAUUCUCUCUCCUCUCCCCUUCCUUCAGCACGGGUGUGUUUAUCAGCAAGUCGGGAGCCAACCUCUCCCCUUUUUAAAAAACACAAAAUGCUGAUUCAGUUCAGAAUUAAUGCAAAUGUUUCAAAACUGGGUUUCUGAUAUUUGUAAAUGUUUUUCUUUAUUAGAUAGAGUGUAUUACCAUUAAAGUCAUUAGAAUUAUAUUGUUUUCAAAAAGAGAAAGUGGACAGAACUAUAAUCCAGCAUCUUUUACUACAUUGGAAAACUUGAUGAAAUCUCUUGGAAGGGUGGGGUGAUGUGGCUGGAAAAGUACUUUGGAAAAUAUACAAUCAAGUUAUCUGAUGGCAUAUUAAAAGAAAAAUCUCAAUAGCAGCAGUGUUGGCUUUUAUUUGGAUUUUUUCAUCUCAAUUUUUUCUUUAGAAUACCCUUCAUAAGCAUUGUUAUUUGGUUAUAACGAGGGGGCAGAUUUCUGGUUGUUCGGUUUUUCAAAUCUAUUUUUCUGAAUAUAAACAAGACUAUCUAAAGAAAUUUUUUUAAUCAUCUGAUACUGAGUAAGAAGAUGAAUUUGCACAAAUUUCUCCCUGCAUAAUCUCUUGCAGUGUCCUUAGCACAGUUCAGUGGUGACUUAAGCUUUUACAUCAUGCACUCGUAACUUGUCUCGUAUGAAAAUAAAUGAAAUCAUGAUUUUCCCUCACAGUGUAUCAUGUUUAAUUUUUAUGUGUUUAUUUCAUAAAUUUGAAAGGCUUUUGGACUUUGUAUUACUGUAUGUUUUAUAAUGGAUCGUGCAUAAUGUCUCAGGAGAAUUAAAUGAGGACUCAUAAAUAUGUUUAUCUUUCAAGUCAGAGCAAUGAGUUGGGAAGAGGGGUGGUGUUUCUGGUCAAAUAAUGGAAAAUUCUCAUUUAUUUUACAACACUAUAUCGGCUACCUUGUUGCUCAGAGCAUAGUGAAAACUGGAAAGAGGAAAACAAAAAGCCAGGAGCAGCCUCUUCUUUUCUGUGGAAAAUGAAAGCAGAAGUUGGUGGCAUGGAGCCUUUGUCCUUGGACAACAAUCUACUGAUAGUAAGAUUAAUAAUUACCAGAAGAGAGCUCAGGCCAAGUUUUGACCGUUCUUUAUAAUAACUUGUUUAUCUGCUUCUUAAAGGAUCAGUCAAGACACCAUAAAGGAAAUAGGCUUUUUGUGCCUUUUGCUGUUACUGUUUAAUUUACAAACAGUUUGGUAAAUCUCUCAAUGUAAGUGGCUGUUUGACUUUGGAAUUUUGCAUUUGAGGUAUACUGUCAACUCUUUCUUGAAAUAUUUUUAUUGUUUAGUUGCUCUGGGAAAUGUGAGGAAGCCUACGUUUGUAUUUGUAAAAUUCUUAUGCCAUCCUCUAGUCAACUAUUUCUUUUCAUUGUUUAAAAAAAACUGAAAUGUUCUAGUAUAAUUUUUUUUCCUGUACCAGCUGGCUUAGGAUUCUAGAGAAUUGAUUAUAAAAUAUUUUCAAUACA